AUGACGAUUACAACAAUAGAGAUUUGUAGGUUAAUACAAGAUGAUAGACAGUCUCUGAAUCUAAUCAUCCAAAACAAAGAGAAUAAUGUCAAGCCGCCAUCAAGCAGUCUUGAACAAUCGACAUUGUUUGUGCAGACAUAUGACACGAUCAAACAAUACCUAGCAACCAUCAAGCAGAUACCUGCAAUGCGCAAACAUCAAUUGGGUCAACUACAACUAGUCUUUUUGAAUCAUUGUUGCAUUCAAUCAGCCUCACCUUCACAUACCCCAUCACUAGCACACAAGAUGUACAAUAAGAAUAUUAGACCAAAGAACUUUCAACAACAACAACAAAAUCAACAACAACAACAACCAUCAUCAUCAACAUCAUCACCACAAACAACUCCACAACCUGUAAAGAAACGUCAAUGGAAUGAAAUGAAUGAUGAUAUUAAUAAUAAUAAUAACACUCCAUCUACAUCUACAUCUACAACAUCAUCAACUACUACUACUACUACUCCUUUAAAGAAAAAGAACAAAGAAGAUUAUGAACAUAUUAAAUCACCACAAGGAAAAGAGUUGAGGUCACAGAUCUAUCAACAAAACCAAAAGAUCUACAAAUCAAAUGGAUCAUUUAAAAAGAUGGACGAUGUAUUGUUGACCAUUCACGAAUUCUUUAUUGAGCUGGUGACAGACGAUGAAGAGGAAUCGGUUGUUUGGCAUAAACUCAUCAUUGAAUGGUGUAUCGAUAGUAUUCAAGCCAUUAGUCAAUGGAUCAUCCCAACAACAACAACAACAAGUAACAAUGAUCAACAAUCAUCAGACUCUAUCAUUACAUCAACCAUAUACAAUCAUUUAAAAUACUUGUCCAUUAGAAUAUUAUUAUCAAUUCUAUUUACACUUUCAACUAUAAUCAAUACCGAAAAUAAUAAUAAUAUCUUUUUACAAUCAUUGGACAAACUUAUCAACAACAACAAUAAUAGUAAUAGUAAUAAUAAUAAUAAUGGUUGGAUAAUAAGUUAUUAUGGUUUAAAAUAUCCAAAACAAACAUUGGAAUAUUUAUUUAAAAGUGGUUUCGAGCAAGGUAGUAAUAAUAAUAAUCUAAAUGGAAAUAGAGAAAAUUUAGAAUAUUUAAUUAUUCAACAACCAAGUAUAUUUGUUGAAUUAUUAAAAAAAUAUAUUCUAGAAAAGAUCAUCAAUGAUAACGAUGAUAGACAAUGGAUUAUAUCAUUGGAACGAUUAUUAUUCAUUGUUUCUCCGGCUGUAUUGUCAAUUGUUUUACCACCGAUUCUAUCAAUAUUCACAUUUGAUACUAUUCAAUCACUAUCACAACGAAAACAACAUCAUAAUCAAGAGGAUAAUGACAUCAUCAUUAGAAUUGAAUCUCGAUUGGAAUGGAUAUUAAACAAUCUAGACAUAUCAACCUUUAUCAAUGAUAUUAUAAUACUAUUAUACAACUGUUCAACACUAUUAAAUCAUAAUCAAAUUGGUAGAACUGCAACUAAACUAUUUAAUCAUUAUAUAACUCAUUUACAAUCAACUUGGAUAAAUAAUAGAAACCCCAAUAAUAAUAAUAAUAAUAGUUUAAAAAAAGAUAUUAAUAUUUUGGGUAAUAUUGAUAUACUGGAUUUAUGUAAAAGAGUAUUGAAAGAUUCUGAAAACCCAUUGUCUAUACAAUUAUUAGAGUUGAUUGUAUUGGCUUGUAUUUGGGAUGGUUGUAGUAACAAUUAUUUGGCUCAAAAGGUGUUGUCAUUUUUGUUGGUUAGAUCAACCACUAGGUCACAAUUCAAGAUAUUUGUACAAGCAAGUCACCAAAUAUCAAAUGUACUUGGUAAAAAUGUCAUAAACCAAGCAUUAUAUACAUCCUAUAAAACAGUCUUACUAUUGGACACUGAUAAUCAAAAUAGAUUGGAAUUUAUUAAAAAUUUGGAUACUAUUGUAAAUCAUCCAAAUGACAAACAACAACAACAACAACAACAAAUUGGUGAUAUACUAAAGGAUUGUGUAUUUAAAACUUGUUCUAAAAAGUGGUGGAUGGUCAUUGACCUUUUCAAUUUGACCAACUCAAUUAAAUUAUUGUCCAUCCUAACAAUAUCAUUUAAUCACUAUGGAUUGGUACAUUGUCACAACAACAACAACAAGAUAACAACAUUGUCUGAAACCAACAAUGAAUAUUCAACAAAACAAUUAAUAGAACAAAGAAUAUUUGGUGAAAGAAUAUUAUCAUUAAUCUUUUCAAAUUUAAAUGAUAUCAAUAAUAAUAAUGGUCAACAACAAUCAUCAUUUAAUCAAAAAUCAGAAUAUCAAAGAAUUAUUAUUAUUCAAAAAUUAAAAUCUUUAUUCAUUAAUUUAUGUAGUUCAACAAUAAUAACAGUGAAUUGGGGAGUUGAUUUAAUUUUCAAUUAUUUAUUGUCACCUUGUUCUAAAACUAAAUAUUCUGCCACUUAUUAUAUACCACCUGCCAAUUCAAUCAUUGUUCAAGUUCCAAAUAAUGGACAUCCUAUUAUGGGGUCAUCAGACUCUACAAUCAAUUCUUCAUCAGCUAUCAUCGAUGCUGUUCAAUUAUCACUCGAUCCUUAUACACCAUUAUCAUUGGAUAUCCCCAUAGACCUUUCAAAUGCAGAGGGAGAAACAUUAUUGGAAUCAAAUUUCAAAAGAAGAGCCUAUCAAUACAAAUUUUUAGAUAUGCAUAAUCCAAGACAUCAUGCCUUUAAAAAUAUUAAAAAGAAUCAUCUACUAGAAAACAAUGAUAAUCAUCAUCAUCAUCACCAACAAAUGGAAAAUAUUUUACCAGAAAACUAUCAAAUGUUAUCAAAUGAAAAUGAUAUUGUAGAUUUAUUAUAUGGUAUCAUUCAUUCAAAUGAUUCAAAUAACAAGACACAAAAAUUAAUCAUUCUAACUGAUCAAUUUUUAUUGCGAGUAUUACCAAGUCAUAUGAGUCCAACAUUUGAAAGUUAUCAAGAUAUUAUACCAAAACCAUCACAAUUUGAAAAGGAUAUUUAUCUUCAUGGAAGAGAAUUAAGCAGAUGUUUAGAAGUAAUUAAAAGUUUAUUGGUAAAUGAAAUGUCAUAUUGGUUUACUGAAAAGAGUAUAGAUGAUCCAAGACAAUCAACCCAUUUUGAACAAACUUGUUUAUUGAUUCAAAUAUUGGUCAAUGGACAAUUUAUCAAACAUCCUCUAUCACUUGUCAAUGAAUUGUUUGCCAAGAUAACACCAGAAGAGAUUACCUAUGUAUUGAUGAGUAUUUGGAAUUUCAUCAAAACCAAUCAACCCUCAAAGAAUCAAUACUAUGUCAAAACCAACAAAGACUCUGGUGAAACAAUCAUCGAGAGAGAAUGGAAUGAUACAAACUCUGAUGUAUUCAUGGUAGCUUUGAAAUCAAUCUUUCAAAAUCAUAUCAAUGAUCUUUGUUUUAUGUAUUCUAGAUUCUUUGUUGUUCAACAACAUCAUAAACAACAAUCACAAUCACAAUCACAAUCACAAUCAUCCAACACUUAA